CACUGACAGAGCGAGUAGAGGAGCUCGAGAGAGCACGGGCACGGUUUAAUAGGAGUGUUUUAGAGGGGGUUAGAGGAGGUCAGCGAGGCGCUUCGAGGUACUGAGGUUGACCCACGUGAAGCUCGGAGAGUCGAAGGCUAGAAAAGACACGCGCUAAAAAAGAAAAGAAAGGAGGAGGGGAAGAGAAAGAAAGCGAGCCGGCUCGGCUACAAUGCUCCGUAACGCGGCGCGCCGGAGCCUCCAGAUAGGGGGAGUCUCGCGAUGGCUUCGGGAUGCUCUGGGGAACCCACUGUCCACUGUCCGCUGAAUUGAUCUGGGCUGGAAGAGUAAAGCGGUGAGAAUUAAAUAAGACGCGCCUUUGUCGUCGGUGCUGUUGUUGUUUAUCUGGCGCUUGUUUUUUUUUGUUUUUUUUUUCUCAACUCGUUGCGCGUCCUGGUCCUGUUUUUGGCUGUUUGGGGAUCCCGGAGCGCACCGUUCCCUAACAGGUCUUGAAGAGCAGCUACUUUUUUUUCUUUUUUUUUUUUAACACCCCCUCCCUCACCACCUCUCCUCCUCCUCCUCCUCCUCCUGCUGCUUCUCCUCCUCUCUUUUUUCAGUGUUAGAGAAGAAAAAGAAGAAGAAGAAAAAAAUGAACUGAUCAGUUCAAUCAUGUGGACGUGAACCGCUGCGUUUACGGCGAGCUUUCAGGCACUUUUCUUUCAAACGUGAAGGUUCUUCACUUGGGAAAUUUCUGCUGACUCUCUGCUACAGCCUUUCUAUCUCACAGAGUAACCACAUCCCUCUGGUCAUCGCGUCAGGCUGUACACACCCGGUGGUGGUGGGGGAGCCACACUGUCUUCAUCCUGACAGGCCCCAGACCAGUAUGCAGUUAGAGUGAUCAGGAUGGAAGACUCUAGUUUGUGCCUUGGCGUGUCCUCAGCAGUCCCAGACGCUGACACCCAUAUCAGCAGUGCCGUGCUUAAUGGCCGCUACCCAAUCAGUCAGAAGCUGCAUCAGUUGACUGCUCAGCUUGGCCACGCCUUCCCUGACCUACAGAGCCGCCAACAAAUCCCGGAGGAAAAGGCCGCCACCCCACUUGAUGAGAAAACGCAUGCCACCCUGGCAAGCCAGCCAAUCAGCAGCCAAAUGGCUCUGCUAGCCAAUCAGCUCAACCGUAACAUGGAUGCAGGAGCCCUGGGUGGUCUCAAUGGACGUGUUGACCUGCAGCAGUUCCUCAAUGGACAGAACUUGGGAAUCAUGUCCCAAAUGAAUGACAUAGAAGAUGAUGCUCGCAAGAACCGCAAGUACCCGUGUCCACUAUGUGGCAAGCGAUUCCGCUUCAACAGUAUCCUCUCUCUGCAUAUGCGCACCCACACUGGUGAAAAGCCCUUCAAAUGCCCCUAUUGUGACCACCGGGCAGCCCAGAAAGGCAACCUGAAGAUCCACCUCCGCACCCACAAGUUAGGCAGUCUGGGCAAAGGUCGUGGUCGUGUUCGUGAGGAAAACAGGCUUCUACAUGAGCUCGAAGAGCGUGCCAUCUUGCGUGAUAAGCAAAUGAGGAGCAGCUUGUUGCAGCCUUCACAAUCACUUCCACCUCACCUGGCCUUGCAGAGCCAUAACCAGCAGCAGCCUGGGUCUGCAUGUGGCCUCCUCACUCCUACAAAUCUAGGAGGCACACCUGAAGGACUCACACAACCCUCUGCCUCACCUAAACCAACCAGCACCAACCAGCAGGAUGAGCAGGCUCUGAACCCAGCCACAGGUUUCCGGUGCACCUUCUGCAAAGGCAAGUUCAAGAAACGUGAGGAGUUGGAUCGCCAUAUUCGCAUUCUCCAUAAGCCCUACAAGUGCACUCUGUGCGACUUUGCUGCUUCCCAGGAAGAGGACCUUAUCAGCCAUGUGGAGAAGGCCCAUAUUACUGCUGAGUCGGCCCAAGGGCAGGGUACAGGAGCAGGCAGUGGAGAGAGGCCUGCUAAUGAGUUCCGCUGUGAUGUCUGUGGCCAGGUCUUCAGCCAGGCUUGGUUCCUGAAGGGUCACAUGCGCAAGCACAAGGACUCGUUCGAGCACUGCUGCCAGAUCUGUGGACGUCGCUUCAAGGAGCCAUGGUUCCUAAAAAAUCAUAUGAAAGUACAUCUCAACAAGCUAGCCAUUAAGAGCAAGCCUCCAGUUGGAGGUGGAGCUGACCAGGAUGGACCCUCUGUUAACAGCAUGAGCAGCUUAGCACAAGAAGCCCAUGCCAACCUGUACUCACGGUACAUCUCAUGUCUGCAAGGUGGAUUCCUCACUCCUGACAAGCAGGGUCUGGCUGAACAGCAACAUCAGAUGCUGGCCAAGGCUGGCAUAGCUAUGAAGGAGAAAGAAAUGCUUGGUAAGCUCUUGGGCCCAAUGGCCAGCAUGAGCCAUGGCCUGGGGGAGAAUGAGAAGCGAUCGCUGUUGGGUUGCCUGAACCUUGUGCCCCCACUGAAGUCUAGUUGCAUGGAGCGCUUGCAGGCUGCAGCUAAAGUGGCAGAAAUGGACCCACUCAAUAGUUACCAGGCCUGGCAAAUUAUGGCACGCAGCAUGGCUAUGGAGCGCUCUUUCAUGCCGAAAGAUCAGCACCAUGGAGCCCCCGGGCAAGAGGAAGAGAUGGCCAGUGCUGCUGGGAUGGUGCCCUUUGGGAAAGAUAAGCAUGAGCACUCUUCCCUUGAUUCCAGUGAUGGCUCCAAGCAGAAGCAACACUCUGAUGCCCUCCAUAGCAUAAGAACCAGCGGAGGCAUAAUGCCCAUGAAGGAAGAAGCUGGAGGCUUUGAUGGUCACCGUGAGUUCCUGCCUCACCAUGGUGGUCUGGGCAUUGGCCAAGGGCUUGAGUACAGCCUGGCUGGCCUGAAAGAGAAGCCCAGCGAGUGCCCUGACUGCGGCAGAGUAUUCAGAACCUACCACCAGAUGGUGGUCCACUCUCGGGUUCACAACAAGGACCGCCGCCCAGAAGAUGGCCUCCAGCAUGGCCUUGAUGAGAGGCGUGGCUCUGCCAGCGACCCUGAGUCUCAGUCCAUCAGUCGUUCGACCACCCCAGGCUCUUCCAAUGUGACGGAGGAGAGUGGAGCUGGAGGAGGCCACUCCCAGACAGGCAGUGUCCAGGAUGAUAGUCCUCACCCCUCUUCUCCUUCUUCAGAUGUUGGGGAUGAGAUGGCUAAGGCUCCAGGGGCUGCCCAGCCACCCACCACCCAGCACCGAGAGAGAAGUGUGGGCACAGCCAUGAAGGACUGUCCCUACUGUGGCAAGUCCUUCCGCACUUCUCACCACCUGAAAGUCCAUCUGAGAAUACAUACAGGUGAGAAGCCCUACAGGUGCCCUCAUUGUGACUAUGCUGGUACUCAGUCUGCUUCCCUGAAGUAUCACCUUGAACGCCACCAUCGCGAGCGUCAAAAUGGCAAUGCCACCUCUACCAACCACCCCCCAUCUUCUGAUCACAAGGAUGACCACAGCAAGACCAGCAGUGGCAGUGGGGUCUUUGCACGGCCUGAUGUCUUGCGCGGAGUGUUCAAAGGGAUGAUGCCCUCCAGCAUUGAUUUCCGAGGAGGCCAGGUGCUCCCACACCAGUGGGCUCCGCCUGGGUUGCUCUCCCCCAGAGACAGAGAUCGUGAGAGGGAGCGAGACCGCCACGGACCAGAACCCAACUCUGAAAACAUGAAGAGCCCUGAGGGACCAACCACUGGAGGAGACAGCCCAGCCAGCUUCUCAGACCUGGGUAGGGCCUACCAGAGCAUGGUGGGAAAUGGAGUCAACUUUCAAGGGUCUCUGCAAGCCUUCAUGGACAGUUUUGUACUAAGUUCCAUGAAGAAGGAGAAAGAGAUACGGGAAAGUCAGCUGCAUGGCCAGCACUUUAGCCUGGACAACACUGAGCACAAGAUCAAGAGAGCCAGUGAUGGAAAUCAGGACGAGAAUCCUGGUGAUGUCAAGCCGGCCGAGGGUGGCCGUUCCCAGUACGAGCCACUGGACCUCUCAGUUAGGCCUGAAGCAGGAACCCUACCGGGAGCUUCUAUCACCAUCCAAGACAAUGUGGCUUGGCAUGGCUGCCUGUUCUGCUCCUUCACCACUGCCUCUGUUGAGCUGAUGGCCCUUCACCUGCAAGCCAACCACCUAGGCAAAGCUAAGCAUGGCCAAGGCAAAGAAGCUAAAGAGCACCUUCUAGGCGAAUCUUCUCAUACAGGCAAAAGCUCUGGCUUGAUUCCUCCUCCUCCUCCAGGCCUUCUCCAUUUGCAUGAGGGUCCCACUUCUAGAGAGCGAGAGUCAGAGUCUGGAGAGUUGAAGAGCCAGGCUGGUUGGUCCAACCACUUGGAGCAAAACCUACAUGGAGCCUCCAUGAGCACAUUCUCCAGUGACUUCUACAAGCCCUUUGGCCCCAUAUAUGAUGGCACCUCCAGGGGGCCUGCUGGAUACUUGGAUCAGCAGACAAAUCAGACUAGUGAUGUGGGUGGUCAGGAUGAGCUCUCUGACAAGGCUUCCUGUAGUGAGAUGGAAGCAUCUGAGGAACGGGGAGGUCAGUCUGAAGAUGAUGAAGCAGGCCGUGAAGAGUCAUCAUCCAACCCCACCACCACAGAGCGACAGACACACUCUGAUGAUGAAGAACAAGAGGCAGAGGAGGAAGAAGAGAUGGAGGUGGGUGACAUGGAAGAUGAAGAUCAUGGGGCCAUUCGGAUGCAUCCUGAAUCUCCAUUGUCUGGGAAGGAUGCUCCAAGAGCAAAGAUGUCCAUGGGAGCCCAGGGUCCUGGUCCAUCUCCUACUCAACCACUUUCCGUAGAGAAGCAGUGGCAGCAGCAACAGCAGCCUGGUUUGAGUCUGCUCUCCCCAGCCAGUGGUCCUCCUGGCCUGCUGAAGCCUGAGCAGGCCCACCUAGAGCACCAGAUGAACAUGCUGUCUGUCCUGCGGGCCUACAGCUCUGAGAACCUUGCAGCCUUCAAUGGAGGCCUGACCAGCAACUCCAAUGGAGGAGGCAGUGGAAGCAGCUCCAGCAUGAAGAGAAGUGACCCCUCCGUUCAUCUGUGGGCGGAGGAGGAAGCUUCCAGAAGGUUUGGCCCUGCUCUUGCCUCCGAGCCUAACCUAACUGACUCUGAGAUGCAGGACGCCCCGCUAAUCAGAGACUAACGCCCCCACACCCCUCCACCCUCAGGCUGGACUCACUCAACAACCGGACACAUGAGCAAGAGGAGGGGGAAGAUGUUGAUGACGAUGAGGAGGAGGACAAUGAUGAUGAUGUUGACGAUGACAGCUGACGGACAAUGUGUUAUAUAUAUACAACUCUAUGUGUUAUAUAUAUAUAUAACUCUGAAGUUUCAGAAGGAUAAAGAGAUAAAGUUAUGCAGAAUGUGGAUUGAUGCUCCCUGUGCAAGAUGCCUUGAGGGGAAUGAAGCAAAGCAGGGUGGAAACAAGGAUAAAGUGACUUGUGUUUUUAUGUCCGUUCAGUUCUACAGUGUGUAGCUGAUAUAUCUUGUGUUUUUCAUUUCUUUUUUUAUUGUUUCUUUCGCUUCAGAUUGUACAGAAACUUUAUUCCUUAGAGCGACACAUUCCUCGAACCAAAACGACACCCAGAAACCAUUUCCAGCCAGUUUCAGACUGGAGAUCGGAAAACUGAGCAGACUUUCAGCUUUUCUUUUGGAAUUCUCACGGAAUUCUCCACCUUUCACACUGCCCAAUGAAACAACAUAACAUGAAUGUGACUCCCUUGACAGUCCUACGUGGACCAUAUCUCCAAGCUUUUGGACCAGUCUUCAAAUGGAUGUGGAGACUAAGCACACUUGCAGCAGAGUUCCUCUCGAAACCAUCUUCUUCGAUGCAGCCAGUGCCGCAACGUGUGCCGAUGCAGUGCUUUCCGGAGACAGAAAAUUGACGCUGUAUGGACACAUGGUAGCCCCAGACAAAAAAGGGAAGCAAUGGUGGACUGUGGUGUUUUCUCCAUGACAUGGCUACAUGAGCUUCUAGCCACGUUUUUAUCCUUUUCUUUCUUUCUGUGUCCUCAAACAUAUCUGGGACAUGUGGUCAUAGCUGUUCUCUGGGAAAAAGGAGUGAACUGUAGCACUAAACAGGCUGAGAAGUUCUCAAAAACCCAACUGUGGUGAAGAACAGGUCUAGUUGGCAAAAAAAAAAAAACAAAACAAAAAAAAUCAUUGUGAACCUUGAACUUUGAAAAAAGAACGCAAAACUUUCAUCUCAGUCCUUCUUCCUUCAAGGAGGUGUUGAGAAUCUAUUUGUAAUAUACUGCCACCAAUCAAUGUUGCAGAGUGUUACUGACUACUGAAAAUGGUUUGAUGUAUUUACUUGUUAAAAAUGAUUAAAAAAAAGAAACAUAAGCAAGAAACACAAAUAUUGUCUAGCCUUAGAUACAGUCAUGCGUUGUUGCAUCUACAAAGCUAGCUGUUUUAGAUUGUAGGCCUUAGAUUGGAUUUUUCUUUUCUAGUACUGUACUUUUUGCCUUCGACAUUGUAAAGUAAAGAUAACAUUAAAAAAGAGACUGACAAUCUUCUCAUGUUGCUGCAAGCAUAUGCCCAUUCAGUAUAUAACCAUGCCUCUUGCAAGCAUAGAGAGGCUAUUGACUUUUCCCCCCAACACGUAUUUUGCACUGUGAUAGUAUCUAAAAAUCCAGUCUAUACGGUACACAGCUAACUAAACUAAAAUGAAGGUGUGUAUGUGUGUGUGUUUGUGCGUCCCUUGACAUUGUGAAAUGUUUCUCUCCGUUACUUUGUGAACUCUGAGGACCUUGUAAGGUCCCUUUGGGCAGACUGAUCUCAUCAGUGACGGUCAUCUCAAGUUCCAUGUUGCUUUGAGGAGAAAAAAAAAAAUACAAAUGUAUUUUCACCACAAAAUAACCAUGUAUAGACAUUAUGAAAGUGGCAAAGCGGAGAGAACAAAUCAAGUCCAUUCAGAUAUCAGUAUGGUGUCUUUGUUUCUUAGCUAAAUAUCAGUGCAAAAAUCUUUAUUAGUUUUUGCAGUCUUUACUCCAUAAAGUUGAAGUUUGGAAAAUAAAAGGUGUCUAGUGUAUAACAAGUGGAGGAAACAAUAAAGGAUGUUAAGAUGAUUGGAUAUUUAUAAACGAGAGGUUCAGUGAUCAUUGGGAUUGGGCAAAUAUUGACCAAUCAGAGAUCCCUCAGUGUGGUACAGAGCUGGAACUAAACCACAGCGUGUAUCAGUCUGGGUCUUACUGAACUGAACUAUUUGAGCAUUCCACAACUCUGAACUGUCUUGUGAGCUGUACAAUUUUAUUUGUUUGCUGUACCCUCAUGGCAGAUGCUUUGUUUUGUAACUACUGAUCUGUACUUAUAAUAAAAAUAAAAUGUAUUCAAACUAUUA